AUGGAAGAAGCCUAUCCUACCGAGAAUCAAGAGUCAGGGAAAACAGACAUUUCUGCCGAGUCGCCGAUAAGUUCGAUAUCACAUCUCAGACAUAGCAAACACUCCUCUUUUGAGGACGGCGUUACAAUCCACAGACACUCAAAGACAUCAUCCAUUGACUCUGAAUUUGGUGAUUCCAAAAGAUUUUUUGAUAUCGAGAAAGUCAAAGUUAUCAUUAAAGAGACUAUAAAUGAAAUCAUGGGGGAUUCGCUGUACAUACAUACGAGAGCAGCAGAAUGGAAUGUCAAAAUUGUAAACGGAUGCUUGGAAAAACUGAUUGCAUUGGGGAAGGCAUUUAAAUACAUAGUUACUUGUACAAUUGUACAGAAAAACGGAGCAGGUAUACACUCCACAAGUCUUUGUCAUUGGGAUCCAAAGCAAGACGUGGGCAAGAAGGAACUCGUAAGACAAUCUUCUGACAUAAUGGAACUCCAUAGCAACAAUAACUAUGAGUAA